UGUGUCGAUCACAAACACGUGUGAGCCUCUGCAGUUCGUGGUGAAGAUCUCAAAGCUGCGAUACUCAUAGAGUGAUUUUCUGUCGUAUAGUUUAUAAACUUUUUUCAUUUUCUGUUUGGUUAAAUAGUGUUGUCCUCCGUGAAGCUCUAGCCGAGAGGACCGUGUGUUAUUAAGUAAAAUCACCUAGUGAAACAACAAACAAGAUGACUGAAGCUGAAGUGAACCCUAAAGCCUAUCCUCUGGCCGACGCCACGCUUUCCAAAACCAUCCUGGAUCUGGUGCAGCAGGCGUCCAACUACAAACAGCUGAGAAAAGGGGCCAAUGAAGCCACUAAAACUCUUAACCGUGGGAUUUCUGAGUUCAUUGUGAUGGCGGCUGAUGCUGAACCUCUGGAGAUCAUUCUGCACCUGCCGCUGCUGUGUGAGGAUAAGAACGUGCCCUAUGUGUUUGUGCGCUCCAAACAAGCUCUUGGACGCGCAUGCGGAGUGUCACGACCUGUCAUCGCCACUUCCGUCACCAUAAAAGAGGGAUCUCAGCUGAAACCUCAGAUUCAGUCUGUGCAGAUGGCCAUUGAGAGACUCCUAGUUUGAGUUCAUACCUUUUACAUUUUGGUUUUAUAAACAGUGAUGUCUUUGUACAGUCCUUAUGGAUUUUUUUUUUUUUUAUAUGUUGAAUGAAACUGAGUGUGAUGCUCAGCAACUGAAACCCGAAAUAAAAUUCGGUGAAAAAGAAA